AAGGGGACCACGAACAGACGGGAGAACCUGCGAGACUGCAGCAAUGGUGCCAUGCGUCGUCGACCCGGAUACAUUCUCCAGCAGAUACAUUGAACAGACGUCUAGAAAAUACCCAAAAGGACUACGAGUUCGACGUCAUAUUCCGCACGCAGAGAGACCUAGAGAAUUUGUGAGCAAAAGGAACCAGCGAGAAAGGAGGCGUGUGGGAAAGGUGAACGCAGCUUUUGAAGAUCUCAGAGACAGAGUACCGUUCAUUAAGGAUGAUGACAAGACAUCGAAAGUGGCAGUUCUGAAAUCCGCAGCGCAGUACAUCCAUUUCUUAUCGUCACUUCUGCUGGAAGAUGAGUCGUCUGCAAGUGACGUUUGUCACAGAAUGCAUCCUGUUCCGAAACAGAACGAUUCAACUGGAUUCGACAAAACUGAACAAUGUUGGAGCAUGGAAGAGCAACAGGAAAAUGACAUGUUAUACAGAAUGGGCAUUGUGCCAUCUUGUCGCUUUGAGCACCAUCGUGAAUAUGACCAAUCGAAGGCCACGGAACAGAGUCUUUUGUGGGAAUCGCACCGCCCUCUACAUGAAGCAAACAGUCACUUUUCAAUCACGCAGACGCUCUUUUGAUAUGGUUGUCAAAAUGCCCAGAUCUUUAACAAGUGGUCAUUAUGUUUACCCACUAUGUUGUACAAAACAAUGUUUAUACAGUGUACCAUAAAGUUUGUAUUUUUAUAUACAUAUAUUUAUAUUAUAUUUAUAGUCUUCUAAAUUAACAACACAAAUACAAUAAUUGAGACAACUCG